UUCAAACCGGAUGUGUCAAGUGUCAACAAACACGUGUGGGGGAAGCAUGUGUGAAACAUUUAUACCCGCAGGUUUAUAAAGAAAUAAAAAACAAGAUAAAUGCGUCAGGUUUGAGGAAUAUUGGUCGAAAUGAAGUUUGCCUACAGGUUUUCCAAUCUGCUCGGAGCUGUUUAUCGUCAAGGAAACUUGAGUUUCUCUAAAGAUGGAAACGCUGUGGUCAGUCCGGUUGGAAACAGAGUCUCUGUCUUCGACCUGAAGAACAACACAUCGGAGACGUUACCCAUCUCCACCACAAAAAACAUAACAUGUGUGGGUCUGUCUCCUGGUGGGAACUUGGCAAUCGUGGUGGAUGAAGACGGAGCUGCGUUGUUGGUCAGUCUCGUCACCCGAGCCGUCCUUCAUCAUUUCCACUUUCACAAGCCCGUCAGCAGCAUCCGUUUCUCACCUGACGGCAGGAAGUUUGUCGUCACAAAGGAAAACGUCGCCCUGAUGUACCACGCUCCCGGAAAGCAGCGUGAGUUUAAUGCCUUCGUGUUGGACAAGAGCUACUACGGCCCGUACGAUGAAACCACCUGCAUCGACUGGACUGACGACUCCAAGUGCUUUGUGGUGGGCAGUAAAGACAUGUCCACGUGGGUGUUUGGUGCUGAGCGCUGGGCCAACCUCAUCUACUACUCCCUGGGUGGACACAAGGACGUCGUCGUGGGGUGUUUCUUCGAGAAGGACAGCCUGGACCUGUACACGGUGAGCCAGGAUGGGACGCUGUGUGUCUGGGAGAGCGACACCGAGCUGGACGGCCUCGUCCUGAAUAAGAGUGAGAACAAACCUAAAACCCCUGAAGACGACGAGGAGGAUGAGGGUGAGGAGGCGAGGAUAGAGGGAGAGGAGGGGGAGGUCAUCAGAGGGAAAGCCAAAGCUCCCAAAGAGAAGACCAAAAACGUUCGAUACAAGCAGAGGAGCAAACACUUCUUCAACAAAGAGGGGGAUUUUAACAACCUGACAGCUGCCGCCUACCACAAGCCGACCCACAUCCUGGUCACGGGUUUCGCCUCGGGCAUCUUCCACCUGCACGAGCUUCCAGAGUUUAAUCUUAUUCACUCCCUAAGUAUUUCCGAUCAGAGAAUACACUCAGUGGCCAUAAACAGCUCUGGAGACUGGAUCGGCUUCGGGUGCUCGGGGAUGGGUCAGCUGCUGGUGUGGGAGUGGCAGAGCGAGUCGUACGUCUUCAAGCAGCAGGGUCACUUCAACAACAUGGCCUCUCUGGCUUACUCGCCAGAUGGACAGUACAUUGCUACAGGAGGCGAUGACGGCAAAGUCAAAGUGUGGAACACCAACAGCGGCCUCUGCUUCGUCACCUUCACCGAGCACACCAGCAGCAUCACCAAUGUCACCUUCACCUCCAGCGGCUUCGUCAUCGUCAGUGCUUCUCUGGACGGGACGGUCAGAGCAUAUGACCUGCACAGAUACAGAAACUUCAGGACGUUCACGUCGCCUCGGCCUGCGCAGUUCUCCUCUCUGGCAGUAGAUGUCAGCGGAGAGCUGGUGAGCGCAGGCGCUCAGGACUCAUUUGAGAUCUUCCUGUGGUCCAUGCAGACUGGCCGACUCCUGGAGGUCCUUGGGGGUCACGAGGGUCCAGUCAGCUGCUUGUGUUUCAGUCCAGUUCAGUCCAUCCUCGCCAGCGCCUCGUGGGAUCGCACCAUCCGCCUGUGGGACAUGCUGGACAGCUGGCAGGUCAAAGAAACGCUUCACCUCACCUCUGAUGCUUUGUCCGUCACUUACCGCCCUGACGGUCAGGAGUUGGCCGUGGCUACUCUGAACGGUGAGAUCUCCUUCUGGAACCCCCAAACAGCUUCACAAACCGGCUCAGUUGCAGGACGUCACGACCUGGAGACGGGCCGCAAAGAGACAGAUAAAGUCACAGCCAAGCAGACCGCGAAGGGCAAGUCCUUCACGUCUUUGUGUUACUCUGCGGACGGGGAGUCGAUCCUGGCGGGAGGACAGUCCAAGUUCGUCUGCAUCUACAGCAUCAAGGAGCAGAUGCUCAUGAAGAAGUUUGAGAUCUCCUGCAACCUGUCGUUUGACGCCAUGGAGGAGUUCCUGGACCGACGGAAGAUGACUGAGUUCGGCAGCCUGGCUCUGGUGGAUGAAGGGGCUGGAGAUGGUGACGGGGUCAACAUCAGCCUCCCUGGAGUCAGGAAAGGUGACAUGAGUUCUCGACACUUCAAGCCGGAGAUCAGAGUGAGCUCGCUGCGGUUCUCCCCUACGGGUCGUAGCUGGUCAGCCACCACCACCGAAGGCCUGCUGGUCUACUCCCUCGACGGGUCUAUGGUCUUCGACCCCUACGACCUCGACCUGGACGUAACGCCGGCCAGCAUUCAUAAGCAGCUGCGGCUUCAGGAGUGGGUGUCGGCCAUCGUCCUGGCGUUCAGACUCAACGAAAAAGCCCUCAAGCAGGAAGUGUUGGAAACGGUGCCGCACGAACAGAUCCCAGUGGUUUGCGGCUCUCUUCCUGACAUCUACGUUGAGAAACUUCUGGGCUUCGUGGCGGCGUGUUUGGAGAAGUCGGGUCACCUGCAGUUCUACAUGACGUGGGCGCAGAGCCUGCUCAUGCUGCACGGACAGAAACUGAAGAACAGGUCAGGAGCCAUACUGCCCACGCUCCAGGCGCUGCAGAAGAGCAUCCAGAGACACUUUGACAACCUGUCCAAACUGUGUGACUUUAACAUGUUUAACAUACGCUACGCUGAGGCCCUAUCGAAGCAGAGAGGGUUAAAGAGAGCGGCAGAGGAGGACAAAGAGGAAGAGGAGGACGAGGAGGAGGAGGAGGAUGAAGAGAUGUCCGAGAAGAUGAGCGAGGCCUCUUUGGAGGCUGCAGACAUGAUCCUGUAGACCUCAUUCCAACGACACGGCGGCAUCACUUCAAAUUGAAGAUGUUGGACUGUAAAAGCAGAUUUUUGUGUACUUUAUGAAAACAUUAUGAUUGUAAACUGUUUUUUAUUAAAUAGGUUUAAAUUUA